CUUUUGCACGUAAAUGCUACCUCUAAUAAAGAACAAAAAGCACACAUGCAAAGGUUAUGAAAGUGAGUUGUUGAGACACCAUUCUUGCAUGUCCAACUUAAUCCACUUGUACCCAAAAACCAUCCCAUAAUAAGGUUCUUACCACCAAUCUGAAAUCUCAAACCUUGAUGGCAACCAACCUGCGCCUGUUGGUUCUGAUGGCACUGCUUUCCCUAGUUUCUUCUGCAGACAUUCCUCCGGAAACUCGAAACCAAGAUCUCGUCAUCGCCACUUCGGAGAUGCAGAGAGCCAAUUACUUCACCUUUGUCUUGCUCCUCAACAUGGCCAAAUUGGAUCCAAGGCUUCAAGGAAACAUCACCUUCUUGAUGCCCAACGACCGAAUGCUGUCGAAAAUCACCCUGCAACAACACACCAUUCCCGACUUCUUGCUCCGCCACUCGAUCCCUUCCACCAUGCUUUUCGACUAUUUGCACCACAUUCCAACAGGCUCAACAAUUCCGAGUUCACACCCAGAUUACAUGCUUAAGAUUUCCAACCAUGGUAGGUGGAGCUUCUUCCUCAACAAUGCGAAGCUCAUCAGUCCAAACAUAUGCACUACAAGCUCCUCUGUUCGAUGCCAUGGCAUCGACGGGGUUCUGUCUCUGGCUGUGCCUGCGAGUAACUUAACCGAUGAUGCUUCUCCUUCGGCUAUUUGCUUUAGUAGCUCGAAUUCUUCACCAUCAGCAACACCACCACCGCCGCCGCCAUUUCCUUUAGCUAGCGGAGCUAGUCACGGCCUUAACAUGACGCCAGCCGCUGCCGCUGCCGCUGGCCCUAGUGUAAGUCCACCAAAAUCAGGGUCUUCUGUGAUUUCGACAUUUUCAGUUACAUGUAUGGUGUUGUCACUGUGGGUUUCGUUUCUAUCUAUUGUUCCUUAG